CUAAUCCCACAUCGCUAAUCACGCGUUUAUUCCCACAUUUCUCUCUCUCUCUCUAUACCGCUAUAAUUGGAGAGAGAGAAUAAAAGAGAGAUUUCAGAUUCAGUCCGUUACAAAUUACACUCUCCAAUUAGGAUUCAGUUUCUCUGUAUCAUCUAUUUUUAAACAUUUAUACCUGAAAUUCUUGUUUUCUUCCUCUUCUUCUACGUUUUUUCUCAAAACAAACCCAAAAAAAAACCGAAGGCAGAGAAAGAGUAAUGGGUUUCAAAUCCCUCUUCGCUCGGAAAAAUAAGAAAUCGGAUUCUUCUUCGGUCCAAAAUCGUAAUGGCAACAACGAGAACGGGAAUGCGGAUCAUCAGACGCUGGAUAUUCCGCUCGGAUCUCGAUCGCAGUCGGUUAAUGCCCGGGACCAGAUCGCCGAACUCGAACAGGUGUUCAAGAAAUUUGACGUUAAUGGCGAUGGCAAGAUCUCUUCGGCGGAGCUUGGUGCCAUCAUGGGAAGCCUGGGGCAACCUUCUGGUGAGGAGGAGCUUGAGAAGAUGAUCAAGGAGGUUGAUGCGGAUGGCGAUGGCUUCAUCGACCUGAGCGAGUUCAUAGAGCUCAACACCAAGGGUGUGGAUUCUGAUGAGGUUUUGGAGAAUCUGAAGGUCGCUUUCUCAGUCUACGAUAUCGACGGAAACGGCUCUAUUUCAGCAGAGGAGCUCAAUAGUGUUCUGAAGAGCCUCGGGGAUGAUUGCUCCAUCGCCGAGUGCCGGAAGAUGAUCAGCGGCGUCGAUUGCGACGGUGACGGUAUGAUUAGCUUUGAGGAGUUUAAACUCAUGAUGAUGAUGGGCUCGCGUUUCGAUUCCAUGGAGUCUCAGCGAUUGAAGAAUUAAUUCAAUUUUAAUUUUCAUUAAUGCCUUAAUUACUCUAUAAUUUAGGAAUUUUUUUUGCUGGAUUCUCUAAUGAUUUUUUUUUUAGUUUAGGGAAUUUUUUUUUAUUAUUUCAAUUUCGGUGGGUAAUGGAACUGUGAAUAUUUUGCAAUAUUUAGAUAUUAUUUUUUCAAUGGAAUCUAACUACUUCCCACUUA